UUUGUUAGCAGCUUCGGACAGAGAGAAAUUAGGCGAGGGUGAUUGAUUGACUCUCUCUCUCUCUCUCUCUCUCAGAGACCCUUCUCUUUCUCUUUCUCGCUUCCGAUAUCUCUCUCUCCAACCUCCUGCUGUUAUGGCUUUCUCUCAGAAUUCUCGACAAUCUCUCAUCCCAAGCUUUCUCUACUCUUCUUCCUCAUCAUCUAAAGCCCUAAUUCUUGAGAAAAUGACCUUCAGUUCAAACCCUAACCUCUGCUCUUCACCAGCAUCAUCGUCACCUUCCGCAAAUGGAACUGAGGGACUCUCCUCAUCGCACAAGAGCUUUGUCAUCUUCAAAUACCAAAACAAGCCUCGCAAGAUCGAGUUGUACUCUCCUCAGUACUAUGCCGCUUGUACGGUCGGUGGAAUCCUCAGCUGUGGCCUCACUCACACGGCCGUUACUCCUCUUGACCUCGUCAAGUGUAAUAUGCAGAUUGACCCUUCAAAGUACAAGAGCAUCUCGUCUGGUUUUGGAGUUUUGCUGAAAGAGCAGGGCGUCAAGGGACUUGUCAGGGGAUGGGUGCCCACUCUGCUUGGUUAUAGUGCUCAGGGUGCCUGCAAGUUUGGCUUCUAUGAAUACUUUAAGAAGUACUACUCCGACAUUGCUGGACCAGAGUAUGCAGCCAAAUACAAAACUCUGAUCUACCUUGCUGGUUCGGCUUCUGCGGAGGCCAUUGCUGAUGUUGCUCUUUGCCCCUUUGAGGCAGUCAAGGUUCGUGUUCAGACUCAACCUGGUUUUGCAAGAGGAUUGGCGGAUGGAUUGCCUAAAUUUGUCAAAUCUGAAGGCAUUCUUGGGUUGUACAAGGGCCUUGUUCCUCUGUGGGGGCGUCAGAUUCCAUAUACCAUGAUGAAGUUUGCCUCUUUUGAGACCAUUGUGGAGAUGCUCUAUAAGUAUGCCAUACCCACCCCGAAAGAUGAGUGCAGUAAACCUCUGCAGCUUGGCGUGAGCUUUGCUGGUGGAUAUGUUGCUGGUGUUUUGUGUGCAAUUGUGUCUCAUCCUGCUGAUAAUCUUGUCUCUUUCCUUAACAAUGCCAAGGGGGCAACUGUUGGUGAUGCUGUGAAGAAGAUUGGGGUCUUGGGUCUCUUUACUCGGGGGCUUCCUCUCCGUAUUGUCAUGAUUGGAACUCUCACUGGAGCCCAGUGGGGAAUUUAUGAUGCAUUUAAAGUUUUUGUUGGGCUGCCAACCACCGGUGGUGUUGCUCCUGUUGCUGCUACUGCUACUGAGCUUGCAAAGGCGUAAAAUCAAUUCAAAUAGUUUUGUCAUAUAGGAACCUGAGAAAAUAGUUAUCCAGAGGGAUGAAUAAUCGUAGGAUAUAGCUGAUGAUGCUUGUGAGGCAUCUGAGCAGUUCGGGAGUACUCUUUGCUUUUGAAACUUGUUGCAGUUUUUAUCGUUCCCUCCUCCCUAACUUGGGUUUUUGGGGGGAUGCUUUUCGCCACAUUUUCUAUACAUUGGAAUUGGAACACUUUUUGCCUUAGAUUAAAUACGAAAUCACAUUUUGAUGUUAGGAUCAUGCUAUGUUCUGUUUGAGGACCCCUUUAAUCAUGCAAGUCUUGCCAAUUGCUUUUCAA